AUGCUUAAGAUGUUAAAGUCGAACUUUGAACUGGCAGAUUUGGGUUCAACCGUAAAUAAAAUACGAAGAACUGCGAAAGGCGAACUCAUGUUAAUUCUUAAGUGCGGACCUGAAGUGGACGCAAACAAGCACAAAGGUAACAUCGCAGAAGUGCUUCAUGAUUUCGCUGACAUACAUGUAGUAAGCCAACAAACCACCAUUGAAUGCCGUGACUUAGACGAGACCACAACAGUUUCAGACGUUUGUACCGCCAUUAGAAGCCAAUUUCCUAGUAUUAAAAGUAUGAAGCCAGAAGCGGUAAAAGUAAUUCGCCCCUCACGGUACGGGACACAAAAUGCGAGAAUCGUUCUUCCCACUCGCGACGCUAAAAUUCUAAUAAAUGCUGGGCGCAUUCGGAUUGGCUGGGUAGUAUGUAGAAUUGGAGAGUUCCUACAACCAACUCGAUGCUAUAAAUGUCUAGAAUUUGGGCACGUUUCAAAAUACUGCAAAAAUGAUACCAAUCGAGCGUGCUUUAGGUGUGGUAAUACAGGUCAUAAAGCCAAAUCUUGCGACAAGACACCCAGGUGUCUGCUAUGUCCUGCCGAUAAUAACAAUCACGACAUGUUAAAUAAAAUCUGUCCAGUCUAUCAAGCCGCUUGUAAAAAUUACAUAUACAUGGUUAAGUGUCUUCAAAUCAACUUAAACCACUGUGAAGUUGGGCAAGACCUACUGAUGUUAACAGCAAAUGAUCUAACAGCAGAAGUUCUCUUAAUUUCAGAACCGUUUAACGUCCCAGACUGGGAUGGUAGGUGGUGCAGAGAUCUGAGCGGUAAAGCGGCAAUACACAUCUGUGGCCAAAAAAGCUAUGAAAUUAUUGAGAACAACCAGCAUAAUGGCUUCGUAUACGCAAAAAUAUAUGAUAGACAUUUUUACAGCUGCUAUGUUUCACCUAACGACACCAUAGAGGACUUCAAUACUAUGCUUGAUCAUCUCGUAGAGAAUGCAAAACACAAAACGCCAUUAGUAAUAGCAGGGGACUUUAAUGCAUGGUCAACUUCCUGGGGCAGCAGAUGUACAAACAGAAGAGGUUUUGCUCUCUUGGAGGCUUUUGCUUCACUAGAUAUUUUUCUGCUUAACGAUGACAUUAACUAUACUUUUGAUAAUGGCCGUUUCACAUCAACCAUUGAUCUUACAUUUGGAAGUAGAAGUAUUUGUAAAAACAGUCUAUGGAAAGUGGCAGAUGUGUACAGAGCUAGUGAUCAUAAAUUGAUUAUAUUUGAAUUAACACAAGACCGUAUAAGUGGAAAACAUGAAUCUACAAGGAAAGCACAAGCAAGUAAAUGGAAUACUAGUAAAUUAGAUAAAGCAAUGGUUGACCUUCUUGCUGAUGAAAUAAUCCUAACUGGUAGUUCCGCGAAUAGUAAGGCUGCAAGCCUAAUGCAAUCACUUAAAAACAUCUGUGAUGCAUCAAUGCCUCGAAGAAAUGAAAGAAAGCAUCAUAGACCUGCACCUUGGUGGAAUGAAGAAAUUGGAAACCUGCGGACAGAAUGUCACAAAUUACGCAGAGUUCAACAACGGGCAAGAGGGCAUAACAAUUUUGAGCAACUUAACUGGCAUUAUAAGAAAAAGCGGAAAGAGCUCCGUAAUUCUAUUUUACAAAGCAAAAAACGGCUGUACAACACCUUGCUAGAUGAACUGUCAACUAAUCCCUGGGGAAAAGCAUACCAAACUGUCAAAAAGAUAAUGAAGGGAACUUCACCACCAGCUCCUACUAAUUUUCGUUUCUUAGAAGAGAUCGUACGGAACUUGUUCCCACAAGGCUCUGGGAUAACACACAUACUGACCGAUGACGACGUCCAAGUUAAUUUAAUUACUCCAAGCUAA